CGGGGGCGGGGCUUGGCUUGCCCGACGUGUUUCAAACGGGCCAACCGCCAGGCGCGGAGGGAGGGCGGGUCCGCGCACAGUCCCCGCCUGGGAGUUUAAAGCGCCAUUUUGUGCCGGGCGGCAGGCUAUCGAUCGUCGCUCCCCACCCGGCGCGCAGGCGGCGGGGUGCGGUGAGGCGGCGGGCGCCCGGCGGUGGCCGAGCUGCGGCCGGCGCCUCUCCCGGGCUCUCCAUUCUCGGCGUCUCUUUUCCUCCCUCUCCCGCCCCCAUCCCCGUCCCUCUGCCUCCAUGACCCGCAGUAGGAAGCAGGCGGCGCUGGAGAGAGGAGCCGGGAAGAUGAACCAAGAGGCGGGGAGCGCCGCGGCAGCGGCCGCGGGAGCCCGGGCGGCGGCGGUGGUGGGGGCAGCCGGCGGCGAAGCGGCGCCCGCCGCCUGGGGGCUGGAAGGGGAGGCGGAGAAAGUUGUGUACUCGCGCUCGCAGGUUUCCUUCGCCGGCACCAAGGCGCUGGGUGACGCCCUCAAGCUCUUCAUGCCCAAGUCCACGGAGUUCAUGAGCUCCGACUCGGAGCUGUGGAACUUCCUCUGCAGCCUCAAGCACGAGUUCUCCCCGGUCAUUCUCCGCAGCAAGGACGUCUACGGAUACGCCUCCUGCCGCGCCGUCGUCCCCGACCCGCCGCCGCCCUCGGCGGAGCGGCCCCGUCGCCGCGCCGGCAAGCGGCGCCUCCCGGCCACCGACGCCAAGCGCCGGGCCGCGGCGGUGGGUGGCAGCGCCAAGCGGCGGAGGCGGCGGCGGCGCCGCAGGAGGGGACGGGAGAGGCAGCGGCAAGCGACCGCGGCACCGGCGGCCGACGGCCCCCGCGUUGGGGGGGAGGCGGCGGCGUUGGGGCCGCCGGGCGAGGAGGCGGACAGCGAGCGGGGCAGCCCGGCGGAGGGGGCCGCCUGGGAGCCCUUCGACGGCAAGUCGCUGGAGGAGAUCUGGAAGGCGGCCACCCCCCGCCUCACCACCUUCCCCACCAUCCGGGUGCGGGGCAGCGUCUGGAGCCGACGGAGCCUGACAGCGGCGCGGCGCCGAGCGCAGCGGAUCCUCGGCGUGGACCUGUCUCCCGUGGUGCGGCUGCGCCGCUUCCCCGUGGCGCCGUCCUGAGGCCGCGGGGGGCCCCUCUCCCCGCCCCGGGAGGGGGGGAAGGCCGGCGCCUCACCUUCGCCGCGGUGCGGACAAAGAGACAAAGAUAUCAGUCACCUGUUUACAUUGCUUUUGUCUGGAUCGUGUUCUGCUGCUGCACUUUAUGGCUCGCUCGGGCGGGGGCCGAGCCCCCCAGCCGCACGGGGGGCGGCCUGCGGGGCCGCCGCGCAGCCAGGGCCCCGGCCUCGCCCUGGGCUGGGCCGCGGCGCGUCCUGUCCUGUCCCCGCCAGGGCGCGGGGAGGCGCGAGGGACCGUCCGGCAGGUAUCACGCGUGGGGACCAAGUUCCACUUCCACUCUUUCUCUCCCAUUGGGCUACCUCACUGGUCCAGAAGUCCACCCAAGAAGUUAUUUUCCAAAGGAACUUACUUUCAUGCUUGUAUAAUAAAGCGCCAUCUGAUUCUUGCUAUUUUUUUUCCUUACCCCCUUUUCCGAUGGAUUAUGUAUGCUUUGUGGUGUUGCACUAGUAUGUGCUCAGGGUAUUUUGAAUCCCAAGCAUUCCCAAGUUUCAGUUUACUCUGAUCAAGGAUGCGUAAAGAAUGGAGGUUCAGGACUUGUGGCUGUUCUUGAUGGUGCAAAAACUUUUUAAAAAAAAAAAUUAAUGGGCUUAGUGAUAUAUAAAGAUGUAUUGCGCAGUAUAAUUGUUACACUUUUGUAUCUAAAGUCAUUUUUAAAGUUUUCUAGUUGAACUGAGUAUUUGUUUCUACUGAGCACCUGAAGAUAGAAUCAUCCUGGUAUUUUAUAAUCCUGUUUACUUUAGGGAAGCUCAUUUGGUCAACCUAAGUGAACUUAAUAAAAGUCAAAGAACAAGUGAUGUUUCAGUUCAAUGAAACUGCACAGGGACGGGUUCCUUCGUGAAUUACAUCAUCUAGGCACUUAAUGUAGAUAAGCUUAGAGUUUGUGAAGAAUGUAACUGCUCAUCAAAGCAAUAUAUAGGUGUCUGAAGGUGAACUAUGAUACAAUACUGGCACUGACAGCCUAAAGUCAGUAGCUCACAUGACCCAAAAAUCACACUGAAGUGCCUCUUUCUGCAAAAAGAGCAAGACUUGAUACUUGAUUGCUUCAUAACAAAAUAGCGCUGGUUGUCAUCCUGGGGUUGUGAGAUGAUUAAUGAUGGAUAAUCAUAUGUAACAUAAUUACUUGCAUGGAAUUAUUUUUAUAAUCCUCUCCUGGGUUUCACAGUAGACUCUGAUACAAAAUUCAUGAUGUAGAUUGAUUAUUUUGACUAAAAAAACACCAUGUUGUCAUUCUAUGCGAUAGGCAGCCUCUCUUUAAACUGAUCUAUUAAAGGCUUUCUUUAGGUCUUACGCCUUGCAAUUGGUGUGUGAGGAGCAAAGGGGUGUGUGUGUGCAUGAGAAUGUGAUGUGGGGGUGUUUUGUGUUGUUUUGUUUUGUUUUUAUGCUUGGGAGAGAAAUAAGAACUGCUUGGUAAUAGACAGUUAUCCCUAGUAUUCCAGCAAAUGAGAUUUCCAUUUUUCCACGGUGGAAUGAAUAACUUCACAACUUGUUUAUAGCAUGGUUUGGUGACUCUUAAAACUUCUUUUCUGAUGGCUGUCAACUCCUUGUUGCCUGCUGUUGACAGAGGCAGUAAGAUGGCUUGAUGUGUAGAGGCCACUUGUAAAAACUUGCUAGCACUAACUUAAAACAGCUUCUUCUAAAACCUGUUUAUAUUUUGUAGUUCUUACUUAGUGAAGCUGCAAAGUUCUUAUUCUUCCAAACUAACACUUACUUUACCCUAUAUCUGUCAGGCUUUUGCAAUUGUUUACAUAAUGUUAGACUGCCUGCUGAUUGCUGCAGCAGUGCCACGUCAUGUUUCAGAAGUGAAUUAGGAAAUGAAAGUUCAAGGGUACGUAUUGUUGUGCUGUUUCUCUGGAUAUAAUACCUGCUUAAAUGUAAAGGUGAAAUUGUGUUGAAUUAAAACUCAGUAAGAUAAGCUGCAGUGUGACCAAAUACCAAGGCUCUAAGUAUUUCAGUUUUGACGUUCCACUUAAGAAACACAAGAGUAUCGUUAUUCUUGAAAUGUCUAGUUGACUUCAGUGCUCCUACUGUUAGGUUGAGGGGUUUUUUUUCACAUUCUUUUGAAAGAUAUGUGUAGAAAGAUGAUAAAAUGUAAGCAGUUGCCUUGUGCAGAUUCUUCCCUUAACUCGUAAACAGACGUAGGACAGACUAGAUCAAAUUUCAAGGGUAGAGUUAAGGCUGCCAGAGGUAUGAUAUGGGAGACACUGAGUUAAAUUUGUCCUGCCUCAUUUGGGGGCUUAUCCUGAAAUGUUCCAUGUAGGUACAAAAUGUAGUGAAGUAACUUGAACAGUGUUGCGUAGGCUGUAUGCCUAAGGCUUGCUUGUUUUUCUCUUGGUUGCACUUUGACUUCUUGAAGUGGCAACUUUAUUGAGGGUACAGUAUGUUUGCUGGUACCCUGUUAGCAGGUUGGAUUGAAGUUUCACUGUUGUCUAAACUCCUCUGGCAGCUGCAUUUACAGAUUCUUAACUGAGCUAUUUCAGUUAAGGUGGAGGGGGAAUCUUCGAUCAGGUUUUCUGGAAAAUUAAUGUGCUGAAAUAGCUCAGCAAAGGGUCUGAAUACAGGACAGGUGUGAAAGCUAACAGCUUACAGGAAGCUAAGACAGCUAAUUUCAUGAUUGUGUUCAUGGGAGUUUGUGGCCAUCCAAAACAGGAUUACCUGUGGUUCAGCUUUCCUUUGCCUUUUCCCUUUCAAAACUGCAACUCCUACCUACCUCUCUGUCUUUGUGCUCAUCUGAGGAAGCUAAGCAAUCAGAAAACUAUUCAAUUUUAGGUUUGGGCAGGUUGAUACCUGUUGGCUUUUGUUCGACUUUCUAGCUGUAGACCAGAGCUGAAUAAGUUUGGAAAGGGGUAUGCAAAACUGCUGCAAUAUUGAGUUAGAUAAUUUUAAGCAUGGAAGCCUUAGGUUUUAUUUUAUGUAAAGGGCUAAUAAUGUUACCGUACUCUCUCUAUAUACCUAUACACUAUAUGUAUGCUGUUGGAGAGAGUGUAAUGGAUUAGACGGACUUCUGGUCUGACUCUCUGUGGUGUUCCUACACACACACUGAGCGGUGUGAGAGGUGUGAUUUGCCUGAUUUAACUUGGUGCUUUCAGCAUCCUGUCAUAUGGAUCUGCUUCUGAGACCAACAAAAUGCAGGCCCGGAAUAAAUCCAGUGUACAAUGCCAGUCUAGUUCAGUCAGCACGGACGGUUUCGUACUAAAGAGGAAUCUUGUGGUAGCCUCUGUUGCCAGAUUUCUCUUGCAGUAGCUGGUUUCCUCCCAUGUGUGCUCCCUUCAUACAAUGACGUUGUGCACUAGAAGUUGUGCUAUUUCAUUUACCAAAUCUGAAUUUUCAUCCAGUCAAUCAAAGGUUAUUGAACUUCAAAAUGCCAUAAUGCCAAAAAGAUUUGUGUGAUGGCCCCAGACAUCAAGGAGUGAGUUGAGACGACCAUUGUGUCUAACGUGUUGCCUAGUGUAGGGUAGGGUUUACAUUCAAGAGGCAGUGCCUUCCUCUGAGUCAUUGUACAAAUAUAUUGUCCAGGACUGAAGCUCGUAAAAGGAGAAAAGAGUGCCUUGCAAAAAUUUUCCUGUACUCUCAUGUUGCAUAGAGGUUUUCACAUCAACAGGAUCAAAUUGUACAACUGGUCCUUGAAACCAUCUGUAGCUAGCCUGUAAACCACAAACUCCCUAUAUGCCCAAACCUCAUGCAGAGCAUCGUUGUAUACAUUUGCCUAAGGCAAGACUUGCGGUACUUGGAUUUUUCUCUGAAUGGGUAGGGGAUGUUGUGUGUAUCUAUAUUUCCUUGCCUGUCAGAAGCAAAAGGCAGAGUGAAUCCAGUUUGUAGAUUGAAACUUUGAUCCCAAAUAAUUUUUCACUUGCUGCUUCUUCAGCAAAGCAGUCCUGGGCUCUUCAAGCUAUUUAAAAUUGUUGACUUAGGCUAAUUUAUGAUGGAUCAAUGAUGUAGUUUCAGUCCAAGGUUUGCAUGCACAUGAAACCAGUAGUGCUGAAAGCAUCUCUAUUUCCUUUUGGCCCACUGGACUGAAACAAAAAUUUUCUGAUUUGUAUGUAUGAGUUGAACACACUGAUUUUGGGUUGAACAGAACAUUUUUGUUUGACUUAAAAUUCUCUGGUUUUGCUUGUGUCUACAAGUACAGGAAAUGUGGAAGCAAAGGACUAGAUUCGCAAGAGUGAAUUGCCUCACAGAAAGGAGGCAAUUUAUAUCAAGUAAGGUAGUAGGUCAGAAAUCCAGAACUUCUAGAGACCCAAAUUCCUGUCUGACUUGGAGGAGGAACUUUGAAGUUAGGUGUCCUGAGGACUAGGUCAUAACAGCUUGAGCCAUUUCACUCUCUAUAAUAAAUAGUAAUUAAGCUAGAGAAGAUUCCUGGAUAUUGGGUUUUUUAGGGAACACCUUGGUUCUUCACUCAGUAUUUAUUUUAGGUGAGCAGAACUGCAUUAACUGAGGAAAGGCUGAGGCAUACCCAUUUCGGAGUGUUCUGUGGUAGGGGACCUGCUCAGGCAGUGGCUCCAAAUGCGUGCUGCUCGUGAUGGUUUAUUCCUGAACUGUCAUGAAGCAUCCAGUAUGUAUGGUCAUAGGACUAUGUAGGAGAAUUUUGGAACACUUCUUAUCCCUAAUCCAGGCAAAUCCAUUUUCCCACACUGUAAAAAUAAAGCAUAUUUCUUCAAUGUUAGUGCCUAAAUAUCCUUAUAGAAUUACCAAAAAAGUUCUUUUACUACUUCUGUUGUUGCUGCCGUCAUUUUCUUAUGUAAAAAGACCUGAAAAUAUUUUCCAGGGUUGAUAUCAAGA